UACAGGAGACCCAGCAUCACUCAGGCCGCAGCAGAUGCCAUUCCUUUGCUCGUGGAUAAUGAGUACCAGAUAUUUCACCUAACAACACCUCCGAACACUGUCCACCACCCAAAACGAUUGCGAUCUUCUUGGAGCAGACUCAGGUCGAAAGACCUAGUGCACUGGACUCGAGACCAAAAUCCAGUGAUUACACCUACUGCAUUUGGAGUUAAUAAUGACCAUUCCUGUCAAGAUGCAGACGGUGCUUGGACGGGAUCUGCAGUGCUAGAUCCACGCGGAUAUGUUCGCAUAUUCUACACUGGCUACAAUCUCGCCAAAGGUGGCAAGCAAGUCAUUCUGACUGCGACAUCUCCUGAUCGCCAGGGUUCGAAUUUUACAAAAGCAGAAAGAGAAAUAAAGAUCACAUUAGACUCGGACAGAAGUGCGUUUGAAGAUGUGGAUUUCCGAGAUCCUUACGUCUUCUUCAACGAGCAAGACCAAGUAUAUUGGAUGCUAGUUGCGACCCGUCUUUCCCAUGGACCUUCUCCAACUAGAGGCUGCGUUGCGCUCCUUACCUCACCCGACCUCGACAUCUGGCAUCUCUCUCCAAAACCACUCUACGCACCACAUGAUAUGAUUUGUCCCGAGUGCCCUGAGCUCUUCAGCAUAAGCGGAAAACGAUGGUAUGCAGCGAAGUCUUGUGGCAAAUCUGGAUAUCCAGACAGGAGGAUCUUCUUUGGCUGGACCGCCGAUUGGAACGCAGACGACGGGAAAUGGUUGUGGGGUGGUGACUGCGCAUUUCCUCGAGAAGUUUGUGCUAACAAAGAUGGCACGUUGAAGAUAAGGCCUGCAGUGGACCUGAAUCAGGAUGCAUUGUUGCAACUUGAUGUGGAAGCCAAGAGUUUGAAAAUCGUCGAAUCUUUGGCGCUUGAAGCCAUUGGGUGCACAAUGGUUCAGCGCCUUGCAGGAACAUUCAUCUCAGGAAACUCUACCCACGCCUUCGAGUUUACCGUCGUCAAUCAUGAUUGCGCAUCUUUCGGACUCAUAUUCCGUCCAGACAAGGACCAAACCGGCUUCAAACUUCGCUUUACACCUUCUCCGAGUGUGGGCUUCUUCACUGCUACGAUCGAGACUUCAAAUCCGCCCUUGGACGACUUCUGGGCCGAUCAAUACAAGCUUUACCUUCCUCGGCAAGUCGAUGGGCCAGAAAUAGUUCGCCACGAUCAUCUGCGUCUCGAAGGACCGGUGACGAUAUAUGUCGCGAAUGAUAGUGCUCAGGUAUUCCUUGGCGGAAGGAGUAUGACAUUUAGGUUG